UUUUAUACUCGCUGUCUGCAAGAGUUGCCAUAUUUGUCGAUAUCUGAUGUCCAUCGAUUGGUUAAAAGUUCAUCGAGGACAUCGACGUCGAAACUGGACAAAGGAUUUAAAUUGUAUGCUUCGUCAUACAUCCAUCAAUAUGAAGGUGGUGCUCCGGGACACAACACCGGUCGUUUUGGUGCGAUGCAGAUGUUCCUGUGUUGCAGGUACUGCAUUGUGUAAUCAUGCGGUGGCCCUUCUCUUUCAAACGGCGCACUACUCAGAACUGCAUGUACCAGUUGUCCCCCCUGUACACAGCUGUACAGAGUUAGAGCAGCAGUGGCACAAACCCAGGACAGCAGGUAUAAAACCUGGUGCAGUUUCAGACCUGAACCUGGUCAAGCCUGUUCAGAGUCGGAAGGGCAGAGGAGGAUUACGGAGCACCCUUUACCGAGGAAUGAUUGGCCCACUGCCCGAUCUGUCAAUUCUCCGUGUGGAUGAAGUGUAUAGUGUCUUGCCUCCAGAGGAUAGGCCGCUUAUCACAAAAAUGGGGAUUGGUACAGACAAGCGACUUGUCGAGUCAGCAUUUGGACUUGUCCAGAGGGGGAGUGUACUCUCUUACCAACAGCCAAAACGCGACUCCCGAUCCACAGAGGUACAUCCACAUGCUCCACCUCCUCCAUCCCUCCCCCUCGCGAGCCACCAGCUGUCACCAACAGAAAGUGUAUGGGUCUGCACAGAGGAAGAGCAGCUGCAUCUGCAGAGCCUCCAAUUGACUAUGGAGAUGGCACAUAAAAUUGAAUGCUCCACGAGGGCGCAGAGCAAGGACCAAGGCUGGCACAUGCUACGACAGAGCCGUGUAACCUCCUCACGAUUCAGGGAAGUGUGCCAUGUUAGGGGUCAGAGCUCAGGGGAGGGGCUUGCAGAGAGGAUGAUCAAAGGCACAAGACAAACCGCCAGUAUGAGGAGAGGAUCUGAACUGGAGUUUGAUGCGGCCAAAGAAUAUGUGAAAUGCAACAACGUCAACUACACACCUUGUGGGCUAGUAAUCCAUCCCCAGGCGCCAUGGUUAGGAGCCUCGCCAGACGGCCUUGUCUACGAUCCCACUGCCACUCCAUGUCAUGGUUUAGUAGAAAUCAAAUGCCCGAACGUGAAGAGUUACAUAGAUUGUAAGUACUUACACAUGUGCAAUGGCACAUUUACACUGAAAAAAAGCCAUGCAUAUUUUUGGCAAAUUCAAGGUCAGCUCCUAAUCACUGGAAUGGAGUGGUGUGAUUUUUUUGUUUGGGCAGAGGAGGAUUACUUUGUUCAGCGACUGCAAGCUGACGAAGAUGUACAAGGCAUAAUACGGCAGAGGUGCGACAAUUUUUUCUUUAGCAUUUACAUGCCCAAGUAUCUGUCAAUGAGACGUGCACAGCUGAUUGGCAAAUAA